UGAUUCACGGCAAAUGCCAGGGUGAGGUUUUUAUUGUUUUAUUAUUUCUUUUUUCUCUCUGUUAAUGUUCAUGCAUUCUUGUGAAUUUGAACUUGGAACAGGAGAUUUUCCAUGGAAGUAAAAGCUGGAGAUUUUAUCAGUAGUUUACCAGAUGAGAUACUUUUCCACAUAAUCUCUUUACUUCCCUUUGAAUCUGCUAUCCAAACUAUAUUCCUAUCGACCCGAUGGAGAUUUUUAUGGAACCUGGCUUUGGUUCAACAUGGAAGCAAGGAAGAUGUUCCCACUGCAGUUUCAGGUUUCCUGACAAAUUUUGAUGAGCACAAUCCAACAAGGAAUACCAGAAGGCUUCGGUUCCAUUUUGGCGCAGAUGGUGUCUUAUCAGCCAUUAUUGCACCUAACAAUAAACUUCACCUGGAUUUCUCAGCAGACAACCAGGAACAUCCUAGGCAGUUUGGCUGGCAAAUAGAGUUGAACCCUCAAAAUCUUAGUCUUCAGCCAACUCCUUCUAGUUUCUUUGUUAAGACCCUUUACUUGAUAUCAGUAAACCACCUCAGCAGUGAAGCAGUUUCAUCUAUGGUCUCAAAUCUUCAGCUUCUUGAAAACCUGAAAAUCAUUGGAUGCAAUGGAUUGGAAUCCUUGAGCAUUGAUUCUGAGAGAAAGCUUUUAAACUUAACCAUAUUUGAUUGUCCACACUUGAAAUCUCUCCAUAUCAGAUCUUAUAAACUUACAACUUUUUUGUAUAGAGGGCAAUUUCCUUGGUUUUGGCCUGAGUUUCAUUUCAACUUGGCAAAUGCCAUGCUUGAUUCUAGGAAAGGCCCUGGCUACAGUACCUUCCAAACUUGUGAUUUUGAUCGAGUCCUGCUGACAAUAAAGAAUUCUGAAAUUCUUACUUUAUGCAAAUGGACUUUUCAGGCAUUAAUCUGUCCAUCACUAUCAUCUUUUCAAGCUGAUUUCCAAUUUUAUAGGCUAAAAGAGCUUUGGUGGAUCGAUAAUCAUUCAAAGGGAGUAGCCAAUAAUGAUGCUCUAAUCACCUUCUUGAAACUCUGUCCUUCCUUAGAGAGACUCUUCGUGACUAUUGAUCAUAACAGCUAUGUCAUGCCAAGUGCAGCCACAUGUUCCAAGCAAGUAGGUAGAUACAAAAAGUUGCAGCAUCUCAAACUGGUUAAAUUGGAGGGAUUUGCCAAUCAAGAUGAUGAGAUUUCAUUCGCCGAGCGUCUACAAGAUGUUGUGGCUGUGGAACCAUUAAUCCUAACAACAGCGGAUGGUAUGUGUUUCAGAAAUUUGACUAAGAUUUCUUCACAUGAAUCUCACGAGCCAGAGGAGUCUCCUUCACCAAUUUCACAAGAAAGGUAUUCUUACAUGUUUGUUCAAGUGCAAAACAUCAAUGAGUUUUGUCCCAAACAUGCUCACAUGAUCAGUUUGUACUGCCAGAAAAAUCACUAGUUUCUCCAAUAAGGUUUUCAUUCCCAACCCAAUUUUAUGAUGCACUUUUUUGUUACGUGGAUACUCC